AUGGCGACGGAGAAGACGAAGCAUGAAGGAAGAGUGAAGAUCGGACACUACAUCCUGGGAGACACGCUGGGAGUGGGCACGUUCGGGAAGGUUAAAGUGGGCCAACACGAGCUGACUAAACACCAAGUGGCAGUCAAGAUCCUGAACAGACAGAAGAUCCGCAGUUUGGAUGUGGUGGGAAAGAUUCGCCGGGAGAUCCAGAACCUCAAGCUUUUCAGGCAUCCUCACAUAAUUAAACUGUAUCAGGUUAUUAGCACCCCUACAGACAUCUUCAUGGUAAUGGAAUAUGUCUCAGGAGGAGAGCUGUUCGACUACAUCUGCAAAAAUGGAAAGUUGGAUGAAAAGGAGAGUCGUCGGCUGUUCCAGCAGAUUAUUUCAGCAGUAGACUACUGCCACAGACACAUGGUGGUGCACCGAGACCUCAAGCCUGAAAACGUGCUACUCGACGCACACAUGAAUGCCAAGAUCGCCGAUUUUGGUUUAUCAAACAUGAUGUCAGAUGGAGAGUUCCUGCGAACAAGCUGUGGUUCUCCAAAUUAUGCUGCUCCUGAGGUCAUCUCAGGAAGGUUAUAUGCUGGUCCGGAGGUAGAUAUCUGGAGCAGUGGGGUCAUUCUCUAUGCCUUGUUGUGUGGGACUCUUCCUUUUGAUGACGACCACGUGCCAACACUCUUUAAGAAGAUCUGUGACGGGAUCUUUUUCACACCAACGUAUCUGAACGCCUCCGUAAUAAGCCUCCUUAAACACAUGCUGCAGGUGGACCCCAUGAAAAGAGCCACCAUCAAAGAAAUCAGAGAGGACGAGUGGUUCAAACAGGACCUUCCCAAGUACUUGUUCCCCGAGGACCCCUCCUACAGCAACAACAUGAUUGACGAUGAGGCCCUGAAGGAGGUGUGUGAGAAGUUUGAGUGCACAGAGGAGGAAGUCCUGACCUGCAUAUACAGUCGCAACCAUCAGGACCCGCUGGCCGUCGCCUAUCACCUCAUCAUUGACAAUCGUCGCAUCAUGAAUGAAGCCAAGGACUUCUACCUGGCAUCCAGCCCACCCGACUCUUUUCUAGACGACCAGCACCUGACUUCUUCUGGUGCAGCUGUGGCCGGCAUUAUCAAGCCCCACCCAGAGCGCGUACCAUUCCUCUUGGCGGAGACUCCUCCCAGGCCUCGGCACACGCUGGACGAACUGAACCCCCAGAAGUCCAAGCACCAGGGUGUCAGGAGGGCCAAGUGGCACCUGGGAAUCCGCAGUCAGAGCAGACCAAAUGAUAUCAUGUCAGAAGUGUGUCGUGCCAUGAAACAGCUGGAUUACGAGUGGAAGGUAGUGAAUCCAUAUUAUUUACGUGUGAGACGGAAGAACCCGAUCACUGGGAUGCAAACCAAGAUGAGCCUUCAACUCUACCAGGUGGACAGUAGAACCUACCUCCUUGACUUUCGUAGCAUAGACGAUGAGAUGUUGGAGAUAAAAUCUGGAACUGCUACCCCUCUCCGCUCUGGGUCAGUGGGCAACUACCGCACCACUAUAAAGAACGAUGUAGACGGGGCUGACACUCCACCUGCAUCUAGCAUUGUGCACCCCACCAAGGCGGCAGAGGGCUCCUUAGCGUCGUCGUUAACCUCAUCCAUUGACUCAACGGGAGGCGGGGACAGCGCACCUGUCCCUCGACCAGGGAGCCACACCAUCGAGUUCUUUGAAAUGUGCGCGAAUCUUAUUAAACUACUUGCACGAUAACUUGCAAAACAAUCGCUAGCCUUUUAUCCUCUCUGAGUGUCUUUAUAGCAAUAAGCAUGCAACCGAUUCAUGGCUCAAUUCAUCCCUGCUGAGGAUGAAGUGAUUGUUCCAUGGCACUGAUGCAGGUUGGUGUUCCCUACGCUGAAGGGAUGUAUACUGAGCUGACAGGGGAUGUAAGGGGUUAUUGGAAAAAGAUGAAUGACGAGCUACGUAAUAGCUAAGACAGAGCAACAGUUUCCGGAUCAGUUUAAAAGCAAAAGUCCACGUCCCACCUACACAUAAAUGCGUAAGUGAUUACACUGAAUUUUCUGUACUGUAGCCAGUGAGCAUUCCAGUGCAGAGGACAAGACCAAGAUUUUGCCUGCAGAGAAGAAAUCCACAAGUUGAGGGUUGGAGUAGUGGGGUGGCAGACACGUGUGUAGGACGCAGGAAGCACUUUUGCACAAGUUCCUUUUCUUUCCCACUGCUCUUGUUGUUCAGUAGGGAUCAGAGAAGUGGUGCAGAUGUAUCGGGGUGCUGCACUGGCUAUAAUUGGGGUCACCAUGCCCGUCGUUCAUUGGACUACAAGAAGUGCAAUGACCCCUGUAUUUCUGUCUCUUGUCAGGGAUAAAAGAAUGCGUCAUCAGAUUUAUGUUUGGUUUUCUUCUUUUUGUGAAUCUGACUUGUCAAAAACUAAAUCUUCAUGGUGUUGUCCUUGUUGUAAAAUUUUUUUGAAAAUUGUCUGUCCCCAACAUUUUUAUAUAUAAAGAGGUGAAUAUAUUUAUCAGUGCAUUAAGUGGACAGAGUGUUGGUUCUGUCGGAAAUAGAUUUUUUCGUUCUUUUGUUGCAUUAAGAUCUAUUGCUGGAUGGUAUAUAUUUUCUUUUUUUACCGUCUUGUUUUUCAAAUCAAUAUCACAGUUUGGUUUCCUUCAAUCACAAUUAU